AAAUCCGUAGCCUCACAGUCUGGCAACAUUUUUAGUGAGUUAGCAAAAUGGCGACGACGAAGACGGAAGCUGUGGCUACAAUGCCUGUCCAAAAAUAUGGAAAAGUUGUAUUAACAUUAGACAAUGUUCUUUUACCUCCUGAAAAAUUAAAUCCAAGCCCUUCAUCCUUGGAUGGAUUGGAUGCUGAUACGGAAUAUGAUCUACGUGUGUUGGGUUGUGAGAUGAUUCAAACGAGUGGAAUCCUCCUCCGUCUGCCUCAGGUUGCCAUGGCGUGUGGUCAGGUCUUGUUUCAGCGACUGUACUAUGCCAAGUCCCUGGUCCGCUACCCCAUGGAGGCUACAGCCAUGGCCUGUGUUGCUCUAGCAUCAAAGAUUGAAGAAGCUCCACGCAAGAUAAGGGAUGUCAUCAAUGUCUUCCGACACAUAAGACAAGUUCGCAAUGGAAAGACAUUGAGUCCUGUUAUAUUGGAUGCCAACUAUAUCACUCUGAAGAACCAGGUCAUCAAGGCUGAGAGACGGCUACUGAAGGAGCUUGGUUUCUGCUGUCAUGUCAAGCAUCCUCAUAAGAUCAUCAUCAUGUACCUGCGAUUGGUUGAAGCAGAUGACAAUCGCAACCUGGCUAAAUCCUCCUGGAAUUACAUGAACGAUGCUUUACGAACUGACGUGUUUAUGCGGUAUUCGCCGGAGGCCAUUGCCUCUGCCUGCAUUUGGCUAGCAGCUCGCAAGCUGAGAGUGCCUCUUCCGGAGCAGCCGCCCUGGUACCACAUCGUGAACGUCUGCAUCGAGGAUAUCCAGAUGAUUGCUGCAUCCAUAUUGAAGCUGUACACUCGACGCAAAGUAAAACUUGAAACCUUGGAAAGCAAAGUUGAGGAAAUAAGGAAACUGCAGCAAGAAGCGCGUUUACGUAACAAGUUUUUGCCCCCCAACCCACUGCAACAAAACACGCCUCUUCAAGCUCCAACCAGCACCUUCAGCCCUGGCAGCCGUACUCACUCCCCUCGCUCUGCCGUCACUUCUGAUAAGAACAAGCCUAUUUCGCGUAAAUACAAAGACCAUCACCGCAGUGACAGCGAAACCAGUCGCAGCUCACGAUCGCCACGCUCCCGUUCAGAUGUCAGUCCCCGCAGUCACAAAAAGCCACGGCGAUCAGAUUCACGCUCGAGGUCUCGUUCACAUGACCGCCAUCAUUCACGCGGCAGAUCUCGCUCUAGAGAUCGUCACUCACGCCAUAAAUCUCGCUCUAAGAGCCCAUCUCCUAACGUCACCCCUCCUCUCCGCUUCAUCAAAAACAAGGGUAAAGGCCCGAUUGUGCAAUCAGUGUCGCGGUCUCGAUCACGUUCACCAAUACGGACCUACGAAAAGUACGAACGUCAAGACAAAUACAGCGGCAGCAGCAAGCACGACAGGAAAGACAAACACGACAAAUACUUGGAGAAAACUGACAAAUAUGUAGAACGAUAUGAUUCUUACGAGAAGAAUGAGAGACAACUAGAAAGUAAGUACGAUAAAAUGGAUCAAUAUGACAAGCAUGACGCAAGGUAUCUCGAUAAGGAUAAGUACGGUUAUGAAAAAAACUCUAAGCAGAGUGAACAUUACGAGAGGUCGGAUUCAUACAUAAGGGAUCAUCGCGUUUCCAGAGAUGAGAAAAUUAAUUUAAAUUCAAAGUACGUUGCAGACGUAAAAGACAAAAGCGGAAAGUACUUGAAAAUUGACAAAUAUGAUAAGUACGAAAAAUCAGAAAAGAACGAUAAAUUAGAAAAGUAUGAGAAGGAAGACAAGCACAAGUACAAAGCCUCCAAGAAGAAAUCGCACGAAUCUAAGAAAUCUUACGACAACGGAUAUGAGAAGUCCCACAAAAGCAAAAAAGCCAACAGACAUCGCUCCAGGUCCAGGGAUCGGCGACGAUGAAGUUGAAAUAGGUAACAAUUUUCGUACCUGGCUCAAUUUAGAUAUUGUGAGCCAACGUCGCUUCUUCAGAACAUGGUUGUGAUCUCUUGUUUGAAGAAUUUUACUGCAUUUUAAACAAUUGUUUUUAUCUAUAAUGUUGCACAGUAGGAUAUCAAUCUGUAUUGGUCGUGAAGGAAACAGUCUGACAUUUCUCACGUUAUUCAAACAAUUUCCUCGAUGGUGCCAUAAUUUCGCCUCAAUUUUUUAUUUAUUCCUAGUACAAUAUUGACGAAACUACUAUCAGAUCUUACCUGUGCCAGAUUAUCUUGCCGAUAGUGGCAGUCUCAUUUGUCGCAACUACUAAGAUCGUCGGUUUAGUUGUCAACUACUGAACCGAGUACCACGGAUGAUUUGGCUCGUCCUUGUUUAGUUAGCCCAUCCUCGGUGGAAUUAUUAUUUGCUAUCUAACCCUGUCACCUCACAUGGUCCAACAACAAUUCUCCAAUUUGUUUCGUGUGCUAUCUUAUGAGUUGCCAAUCGCAGUUUAACUUAAUUGGUAAGAAAUGUGGUCGACUGUUGGUAAAUCAGAACUCUGUCGCUCUUUCACAUUGCAAGACGCAAAUGCGUGCCCUUGCUUUAUGUACCUACGCUGGUAUCUGUGUAUAUCUUAUGUUAAUAUUACAAUAAAAUAUUUUUAUAAUCUUA